CCUGGUUACCACUCAUGGAUAAAACGAUCCCCCGACCGACGCUGUAGUAGAUUCGCUCUUAGCUCAUUUUUUGGCACCCUUUCUCCAUGAGUUAUUGCAGUCGCUCUUUUACGUGACAGAGGAAGAAAGAAGGGCAGAGUGCUAGUGCUGGGUCUGUGAGGGUUGGGUUAUUAUUAUUAUCGCUGCUCGUUUCCACCUCCUUGUCCUGGCGAAAACGCGAGCGCUAAAAUGGAGGCGGAAAGAUCCGGCGGAGUAGCAGGGGGAACGAACCAGAACUCUGGAGGCAGCGGCGUGGGGCGCAAUCCGAACGGGCCGAAAUCUGUACUCGGGCAGGCGACAACAGAAGCGGCCGCCGCGGCAUCAGCAGCCGGGGCGAUGGCUGGAUCGUCGCAGCCUCGGGAACCGCAAGACGGCGACGCGGGCCUAUCGCUUCCCGGGAUCUUGCACUUUAUCCAGUUCGAAUGGGGACGCUUCCAGGCCGAGAAAUAUCGUUGGGAAGCCGAGAGAGACGAACUCAGGGCUCAGGUGACAUUCCUCCAGGGUGAGAGGAAGGGGCAGGAGAACAUGAAGCAGGACCUGGUCAGGCGGAUCAAGAUGUUGGAGUACGCCCUGAAACAGGAGAGGUCCAAACACCAGAAGCUGAAGACUGGCAGUGACCAGAGCCCAGGGGAGAAGAAGCCAGAGGCAGAACAAGUGCCCAAUGGGCCAGCAGAAUCUGAAUCUGAGCCAGCCAAUCAGAUGUCCUGGAAGGAGGGCCGUCAGCUACUGCGCAAGUACCUGGAGGAGGUGGGCUACUCGGACACCAUCCUGGACAUGCGUUCGAAGCGUGUGCGCUCCCUGCUGGGUCGUACCAGCCCCGAGGCUAACGGCGCCCCGGCCAGCAGCGAGCAGCAGCCCGCCCCGGACCCCGAGCCCCUGGCAGGGGGGGAGUCACUCCUCAUCAGACAGAUAGAGGAGCAGAUCAAGAGGAACGCGGCGGGGAAGGAUGGUUCUAAGGAGCGUCUGGGCGGUUCCGUGCUGGAUAAGAUCCCCUUCCUACACGGCUGCCAGGAUGAUGAUGAGGAUGACAGUGAUGAGGAAGAUGACUUCCAGGGCAUGGGCACGGACCGUAUAGACGGGCAGCGCAACAAGAACAAGAAGCCGCGCGUUAAGAUGGGGACUGAGCCCAUGACCACAGACCUGGACCCUGAUGAUGAGGAGGAUGAAGACGACUCUGAGGAUGCCCUGAGCGAGUUUGACUUCCUGGGAUCAGGGGAGGAGGGGGAGGGGGCGGGAGAGGCCCGUAUCUCAGGGGACGGCCGGGAGUUAGAGAAGCGCAGGAACAAGUUACAGGGCAUGAUGUCGGACUUCCCCCCCAAACCCUCCCCGCCCCCCUCUGUGUCGGGACAGUCUCGCUCCGGGGAAGGUGGCGCUCUGGGUUUUUCCUCUGACGUCUUCAUCCUGGACGCCGUCGGGGGCGGAGACAUGAACCUGGGAGAGCUGGCAGACCUCACCGUCGCCAACGACAACGACCUCACCGUGGAUCUGCAGGAUAACCGGGAGGAGUUCAAGAAGACGUGGAACCCUCGCUUCACGCUGCGUAGCCAUUUUGAUGCCAUCAGAGCGUUGACGUUCCACCCCAGCCAGGCCGUUCUACUCACAGCCUCCGAGGACGGAACCCUGAAGCUGUGGAACCUCAACAAGGCCAUACACUCCAAGAAAAAUGCAACGCUGGACGUUGAACCCAUCUACACCUUCAGAGCCCACAGUGGUGCAGUUCUGUCUCUGGCAAUGGGAGAGGACGGAGAUUCGUGCUACAGCGGGGGUCUGGACGGAACCGUGCGCUGCUGGAAGAUCCCUGACAUCAACGUGGAUCCCUACGACAACUACGACCCGGGCAUAGAGAGCAGUGUGUUGUUGGGUCAUGAGGACUCAGUGUGGAGUCUGACGUACUCUGCCACCCAUCAUCGCCUGGCCUCCUGCUCUGCAGAUGGGACCGUUCGCAUCUGGGACCCACAGAACGCUGCCCCCUGUCUCUCCGUCUUCAACAAGGAGAAAGAACACGGAACGCCCACCUCGGUGGCCUUUGUGAACUCUGACCCCGACCAGGCAGUGGUGUCAUUCGACGGCGGCGAGACGCUGCUCUAUGACCUCAAUACAGAGCAGAGCAUCAUGGUCCUGGAUACCGGGACUAAGGACGGCAGUGAGCUGAUUAACUGUGUGGUCAGCCACCCCUCGGAGCCCAUCUCCAUCACCGCACACGAAAACCGCACUAUCCGUUAUCUCGACAACAAGACAGGUAAAGUGAUCCACUCCAUGGUGGCACACCUGGAUGCUGUCACCUGUCUGACCACGGACCCCAAAGGCACUUACCUCAUCUCUGGCAGCCAUGACUGUUCGGUGCGUCUGUGGAUGCUGGACAACAGGACGUGUGUGCAGGAGAUCACGGCCCACAGGAAGAAGCACGACGAGGCCAUUCACGACGUGGCCUUCCACCCCUCGCAGCCCUUCAUCGCCUCGGCUGGCGCCGACGCACUCGCCAAGAUCUUCGUCUGAGAGGAGGCACAGACAGGGACUCACCAUCAUCCUCACUGCCCGACUAACACAACUUGGCCAGAGGAGAGUGAUGACUACAAUGGACAAACCUCAUACACAAUUCCACAUUCACAGUUACACACGUACACAUCCAAUGACAUACACACACAAAACUGUUGUCCUGCACCCCACUGGCUGGGUCAUCGCCACAGGACACUAUUACCCACAGUUCUCUAGACGAUCCCAUGAUGCCUCGGUAACUUGUUGCAAUACUAACCAUACUGCUUUUCUAACGACUAAAUCGGAACUGCUCGGUUUAUUAGGUCAGUUUACUACACUACGAUACUCUCAUUAAUUUCUACUUUUACAGUCCACUUUUGGUUAUUAUAAGACAAUGUGUGUUGACUUGGAUCACUACGCAUGCUGAUGCAGCACCUGCUAUGACUAGUGACGCACACAGGUUCACUUUCAGUUUGAAACCUUUUUUUUUUAAGAGAUAAGAAGCUUAGCUCACCAGUUGCUAACCCACGUAAGUACCUAACUACAGUAGAGUCCAGUACCCACCCAGUGAUGGCAGUAGCAAUUGUCUGCCGCACCACAGUGUGGGGGGAACAAUGCAUUUCAUUCCAAAGACUUCUGAGGGUUUUUGUAUCUUUUGGGGACGCCUCCUAACCGGUGUUGGAGAAACGGCUUUAAUAUCAGCCUCAUCGCCAGGAUACUAAGUCUGAGUGUUUGUGUGUCCGGUAUUGUACGGUCAUCCAUUUCAGCAGAAACGUGUGUUUGUGUUUGUUGCACUUGUUUAAUCUUGGUGCUAAGACCUCAUCAGUCCGAGUCUGAAUCAGGGACCUGUUUUCAUUCAAGGUGUGUGUGUGUGUGUGUGUGUGUGUGUGUGUGUGUGUGUGUGUGUGUGUGUGUGUGUGUGUGUGUGUGUGUGUGUGUGUGUGUGUGUGUGGGUGUGUGGGUGGGUCCUGUUCGUCUCUCACUGGGAUAUUUAUCAUCAACAGUAGCAUGAUAUAGCUUGUAUCAUCACUCUCCAGCCGUGCCAACAUUUUGUGUUGAGAUACUGUAUGGGCAAUUUGUAUCUCAUAGGAAACUAACACGCUAUAACACGCUAUGCUAAGCAGACACUUUUCUACUGGUUUCUUUUUAUAUAUAGUGUGUGUGUGUGUGUGUGUGCAGUUUUGCCAUUUCAUCAGGACAGCUGGUUUGUGAAAGAGUAUGUGGAGAAGACAGGAGUAAUUUAAUGUUGAUGCCACAGUAGAGCCCUCUGACUGAAACGGUGGAUAUUACCAGAAAGUGGCGUCCUGUAUUCUCUCUAUGUUCCUUAAGUCGGCAUCAAGUCACAAUGGUCCUUGGAAACAAUGUUAUUAUCGAAUGAAAUGACUGUUGUUGAUUAGGUUUCUGGGGGGGGGGGGUUGCACUGAAUUGCCCAGAGUGCUCAUAGUGGGCAACUGGUGCCUCUCUCCCGUGACAACGGAUCCAGCAGGAGAAAUUUCCCCCCAGGAUAUGGGAACAAAAGCCACCUAAAGAGCCCCCCUUCCUCUCCCUUUCCCCUUUGGAGAGGAAGCAAGAACAAACACUACCUGAACCCCCAAGCCCCUUUACAUUGGCCUCCGACAAAGACUGAAUUUAGACAGGGCUGGUGACUGUUCACCAAGCGAUCACUUUGUGCUUGGAUUAUUGUGGAGCUGUUUUUCCUGGAAGGGGUAACAAGGUUGGACAAAGAGCGGAGCCUUGGGCGUCCACUGAAGACUGACAUGUAGGUCAGAGAUCAGGGGUGAUGUCGUUGGGGAGCCGGCCUCCUGGAUCCUUCAAGUUUAUUUUUGAACUUUCCGGGGUGGAACAUAGGCGGGGGGAGCCCUGAGGGCAGAUCUCUGGCUGUGGAAACAUGGUUCCACCAGGCCAGGGCAGAGCAGGGCAUGGCAGUAAAGAUUGAAUGGUCCAGUAGCACCAUGUCAAUCAGUAACUGGCCCCGAGCUGCCCCCAAACCUACUAAUCAAGCCCUAGUACAUACGCCAGAGGGAGGGGGUACAACUCUUCCCAAACCACUGAUACCAGAUCGGGUAUUUUUUCAUCCCCUUAAUGGUUAAAGUCAGCAUUGGGGUUAGGGUAAUCGAAUCCUAGAUCUGUCAACUUUAACCAAGAGCGCCUACAUGCAACAGGGUCACUACAGGGGUCAGAGAAUCAAAGAUUGCUGGUAAAAAUGACUGAGAGGUCAACAUUUCUCUCCACUGUAAGACCUUAUGGAAAACCACUCUCUCUGGUCAGACAGGUUUCUGUGGGCUUGGUUUAGUUCAUGUCAGCUUCAUGUGUUUGCUUUUACAUGAUGGUUUCAGAUGUAUUGAAUUUGAUGAGGCAGAGAGGAUGCCUAAGUGCUACUUACUGUAGCACACUGUGCUGUAAUGCUUUGUUGUUGAGAGGAUAACUAUAGUACGCAGUUGUCAAUCAUCCAGCUGACGGUAUCACCCACCUCUUGGAAGUCCGGUGGCCAUUUUUUUGUGUAACAGUGCAUCCACUCCCAACAAUGUUAUAGCUUCCAUAUGAAGUGCAGUCUAGUGACACACGAACUAACAGUUGGCUAUAGGCUGCACUACAUCAGCUGCACUAGACCCCAAGACUAGACCAAGAGGUUACCUGGAGCCCGUAUGUGUCUUAAUGUGGCUGUGGAAACCAUGGCCCAGUUUCCCAAAAGCGUCUUAAAGAGCGACUGCCCCUAAAAAAAAAGCAACUUAUCGUUUUGAAAAUAGCCUAUGUAGCAUCGGUGUGAGUCAGAAGCAUUUAUUCUACUGUCAAAAUUGACUACAAAGUGUAAAUAGGAUAAUUUUGGUUAUAAAGUCAGUCUCGUCCAAAACUGAGAUUUGUGAGAUAGGGAAAAAAUUGUAUUUCACGGAAUGAAAGGUAUAUUAACAGUUUUCCAUAGGUUGGGUUUAUUUGAAUCCGUCCCACAGUUGGCUGCACCCAAAUAAUCAUCAAUUCUGAGUGCAGCUGCACAUGACCCAAUGUAAUGUUCAUGAUCAAUUUGGUUUAACUUUUGAUAUCCCUAUGGGACACGUUAGGGACCAUCAGUAAAUUACACAAUGUACAUGGGACAAUAUUUUAAAUGCUCAAACCAACUAUACAAUGCAGAAAACCAACUAUAAAUCAUAUAGCAAUAUUGAAAGCAAUUAAUGAGACACCUAAAAGAUUUGCAACAUGAAAAUAUUGUCCCAUUUACAUUGUGUAAUUUAUUGACGUCCCAAACUAUCCCCUGAGAUAAGCUAUCCAAAGUUAAACUAAUUUUGCCACGGUCGCAUACCAGCUGAAGCUUGCUAAACGCUUUGGCUAACUCUUCCCUCCUGUGAACACGCACAAGAGACACUCACAUCAAACCUCACCCCGAAACCAACUCGCGGUUUGAAUUCAGUCCUGGCCGCUAGCAUUUACUAAUGGACCGAAUCUAAAACGAGGACAAAUCAGGAAGUACAGUUGCAUAUGUUCAUCGUUAGAAUCUUCAUAGGAGCAUCGUUAAAUCUCCAAGCUGUUUCCCAAAACCAUUACUAAAGUUGCAUUUGAAAACGCUUGUUAUUUUCCCGACUGCCUCAGAACAGCGAAGUGUGUCGUUAGAUGCUUUAAAAAAAAAUGUUAUACUCAUCCUGGUCACUUUAUACACAGAACAGAAGAUCUCAGCUAAACAGAAUUCGAGAUGUUUAUCUGUCUCUCUGUGAACGCAGAUAACUUCAGAACAAAGUUGCCAGUGGCUUUUGAGUUCUCUGCGAUUGAAAAAGGUUUAUAAAGGCUACAUACAUAGGCCUGUUUAUUUAAAUCAUAUUGAAAUCAAUUUCAUGUUCAAUCAAUUGAGUUCUAUUUAGCUGGCUAGUCUACUGUCUGCAAUUUUUGCCUCAAUAUAUUUCAUGUGUAAUGUGCGCAAUGAUAUGCCAAAUCUGUGAUUUGUGCAUUAUUAUUGGUUAAGCAUUAGAAUAAACCACCUCAAUAUUUGCAGCCAUUUGGUGACCAUCUCUCUAGGAGCUGAUCCGUUGUCAGUAUUGUGAAAUAAUCAUGUUAAGGUAAGAUAUGAAUAGAGAAAGCAGCCUUUCUUUUUAUCCUAUAGGUAUCGACACAUGCUCUAACGACGCACUUGGCGAACGUUCUUUCUGCGUGGCGUUUUGGGAAACGCAUGUUACAUCUUCGCCGUUGUAGGAACGAUGCACUGUUUAAAAUACUUGUACGCCUAAAUUCCAUCGCUAUCGGGAAACCGAGCCCUGAAGCGUCUCACUGGUGUUUCUCCUCCCUUCAGGUAAAUAUUAAGACUGCAUGAGUGUGUUGGACGAACUCUGCACUCCGUGUCUGUGUGUCAGUCAGAGUCCACAUGUACGUCUGCAGCAUUGAGCUAUAGACUGGUCCUGAUACGCUCAAAUAUGUCGGUCAUCUGAGAACAGACAAAUCAAUGUGAAAAAUCCAAAAAAGCGAGAGGAAAAUGGAUAUGACUGUAAAUGAUAGAAGACUAGAGCAACCAUUAUCUGAUUUACAUGUCCAUUCUCAUUUUUUAUUUGUUGCUUUUUUCCCCUUUGAUUAUAAUUAUUAUCUAAGAAUACUGUAGUAUCAUCAGUGAAAUCUUUCUUCUUUGCUAGGCUUAGAAUUUGCUUGUGAUUGAUAAUGACAAUGUAUACCUUGUAAAAAACUAAACGGUUAACAAAUCAGAAAAAAACUAACAAAAACAAAAAAACAUCAAAAAGUGAUCAGCCCGAGGCCAAGGUAAAGGACUCUUGUUUCUUUGUGUUUUUAUUUUUUUAAUAGCAACUUAUCACUGUGUGAUAUUUUGUACAUCAUAUUAAGCUGUAUUCAAACAAUUUCCUCUAACUACAAGGGAUAAGAGACCUGCUUUUUAUUGAGUUUGUUUUAUUAUAUAUAUUUUUGGAACUGCAUUCUAGCUUGUAUCAAAUUACAGAUUUUCCUUCUCUUUACUUUGCGGGUCUCGUGUUAUGUCAUUAAAGAAGAAAAAUACAAAAAAUUCUAAUAAAAUAACGAUUUUGUACAGUGAA